GUUUGUUUAAACAAAUAUAUCCAUUUGAACAGAAAUGGAAACUAACACUAUAGGAUGGAUUGGCCUAAUUUCAGUUUUGUUUAUUACAAGUUUUGGUGUUUCUUGGCUUUUAGCAAUUAUAGUUGGAUCAAUUUUAUUCAUAAUAGGAUGUUUUUCAUUACUGUAUGUACAACAGGGUGAUGUAGAAAAAUUUUAUAGUAAAUGUGCUGGAAAUCCUUUAACCUCCGACAUUCCAAAUGAAGGAGGUUUAAAACAUGUUGUCAGACAAAUUGAGAGUCCAAAAAAAGUACAAAAAACUGAUAAUAGAGUCACAGGAAGUGAGUUAAUAGACAGUUCCUUGCAAGAAAUUUUGGGGUACGUUAUACGGGAUUAUGUGUCCUCAUGGUAUACCCUAAUAUCAAGAGACACCGAAUUUAUGGAGGUUACAGUGAGACAUACUGCACAGACGUUUGCAAUUAAUAUAGCAAACAGGGUAAAAGAAGUAGAUUGGAUUCCGUUCUUGACCCAAAGACUCGUGGAUGAUGCUGCUUCACAUUUGCGGUUAUAUAAACAGGCCAGAACGAAAAUGAAACUUCAAGAGGCAUCCAAGGAACAGAACAGUUCCCCUCAGAGAGACUCCAGGUCUCCCAAGAAAAGCAAUCAUAAAAGAAACAAAAGUGAGACAGAUAUCAACUGGUACAGCAAGAAAUCAACUGAUUUAAAAAGGGAUACUGAAAGAAAUGUAGGUAAUUCAAAGUUUUAUAUAAGUGAUAAAAAGGACCAUACUUUGGAAGAUUAUUUUUUCGAUUUGGAACGCCAGAUGGAAAAUAAUUUAGUUUGUAGAGAUUGCAUUUGUCAAAGUACAGAAAAUGAAAAAGAAUUUUUAUGUGAAAUUGUGGAAAUAUUGCUGUAUAUACUUCUGCCCGAUGAAGAUUUUCAGUGCAGACCGCUACGAUUCCUUCUGAGGGAAAUUUUCGUUAACUGUGUAAUUUUACCACUUUUCAAUUUGAUCGCGGAUCCUGAUUAUAUUAAUCAGGUUAUUAUUUGGCUGUGCUUACGUGAAGCUCAAUUGCCAAGCGACAUAUUUCUAACUACCUUAAGACUUACAGACAGCUGUGAUGAACUAAAAAGCACCAAAGAGUUGGUCACUAAGGAAAUACAUUCGUUGAGGUCUAGGGAUUCUGGGGGGGACAGUGAUCUUUCGAUAAAACAGCAGCUGAGUAGUUUGUAUUAUGUUUUAAAAUUGAUAGAUAAUAAAUUGUCAAAGAUGGAGAAUACUGAUAGCUUAGAUACAGAUGCUCAUUCAUCCCUGGAUUACUUCCAGCUGGAAAGUAUUAAAAAAAUCGAUCUCAAACUCGAUCAGAUAUUAAAAAAUAACAUAGCAUUUUCCUACUUUAUCGACUUUGUUUCGAUGCAAGGCAAACAAGUCGAACUAUUUUUUUAUCUCAACGUCGAAGGUUGGAAAGUUUCCGUCGAACAGCAAAUUUCAGAUUUGCACUUGAACAGGACGAAACUCUCGACUGAAAACGUAUCUUCCAUAUACGAAAGUAUUAGAUCAACGGCUCUCAGUAUUUACGAACAGUAUUUGGGCGAAAAAUGUGAACAGAAAAUCCUACUAAAGCAGUCUCUUGUUCAAGAAUUGUACUUUAAGAUAAGGAAUCUAAAUGAAACACCAUCCGAGUUGUGGUUUGACAAGAUCCUCGAGGCGAUGUAUGAGAAAAUAGAAAAAGAAUUCUUGCCUUCGUUUAAGAAGAGCAAAGCGUAUAUAAAGCUUUUACAGGAGUUAGAUUUACUGCAACAGGCAACUGCAGAGGAGGACGCGAUCAGCAUAAAUAGCACUGAUAGUUUAGAAAACAACGAGGCAUCUAAAUUUUCGGAUAAUUUAUCUCAUCUGACGCAGAUCAGCAAAAAGGGGGAGCUGUUAACAGUCGACAGUACUCAGAAGAGCGUAAAGCACGCUAGAUCUUUGAGUGAUGUUACGAUGUUUACAGGUAAAAACGAUACAGAUUUGAAAAGCCGCAGUUCCAGCCAGGACAGUAAGAAAAUUAAAAUCGUUGCCGAUAGCUUGGACAUAGAAGAGGAGGCACUAAAAACGGCAGAGAGAUGUUUAAAAACUGGCGACUAUGUUUUGUCAGUUAACAUAAUUGAAACUGGUAUUGUAUGUGAAAAAGGUAAAACUUUUGGCAUAUACGCUGUGAGAGUAACUAGGCAAUUUGAAACAGGGUAUAGUGAGGAGUGGCACAUUUACAGACGUUAUAGUGAUUUUCACGAUCUUUACACUAAAGUUAAGGAAAAGUUUCCUGAUCUCUCCAAAUUAACAUUUCCCGGUAAAAAAACAUUCCAUAACAUGGACAGAUCUGUCCUAGAGAGGCGCAUGAAGAUGUUAGGCUCUUACAUGCACGAGUUAUGUCAGUCCCAGGUGAUAUCUAGCCAUCACACGCUGAGGGAAUUACUCAUGACUUUUCUAGAGCAGGGUGAUUACGAUAGAGCUACCGGAGGACCCAUUGCCAGUACAAUAGAUUCUUUGGUAAACCCCCUGAAAUCUGGGAUGAAAACAAUAAAGAAUAUGCCAGAACAACUCUUUAAUACUGUUGACGAAGUAGUUGUAGGGUUGACAAAAGUAUUCCAUAAUAAACCUGGUAGACUACCCGAGGCCAGUAAAGUUGGGGCCUCUAUAGAAGAGACUGAUGAUAACAUUCCAUUAAGAAUAAUGUUGUUGCUGAUGGACGAAGUUUUUGAUCUGAAGUCACGAAACCAGUGGCUGCGAAGGAGAAUCGUAACAUUACUACGACAAAUCGUUAGGACCAUGUUUGGUGAUAUUGUAAAUCGUCGAAUAUUAGACUAUGUAUCUUUUAUAACUAGCCCUAAAAAUGUAGCUCAUUAUCUCUAUGUAUUCAAGCAAUCGUUUUGGCCAAAUGGAGUCCGCAACGAGGCAAAAGUUGAAAGAGAUGCGGACACCAAAAAUAGAACGAGAGUUGCCGCUAAAGUUGCCCUCUUGUCUUGCCUGUCAGAUGAACUGAAGCAUAUUAUUGGAUCUGAAACGACGAGGCGCGGUCUACUUACAGUUUUCGAUUUAUUCCAAAGACCAAUUUUAAAUCGUAGACUACUGUACGUUUUAUUAGAAGGAGUUUUAUGUACUUUGUUUCCCGAUAAAGAUAUGGAGAAAUUAUUUAUCAAAUUAUAUUCUAAGUCAAAAAGUGAAUGGAAAAAUACUCGUAAAUGUAGGUGAUGAUUUAUUUAUUUUCACGUUUAGUGCCAUUCGUUACUCAUUCUCUUAAAUUGAAGGUAUUAUCACUUAUCUGUAUUAACUUGAAUUUUACUUUAGGCACUUAGUUUUAUUAUUUAUUUGUUUUAUCGUUUACAUUUUUUCCUGUCUAGGCCUCUGCUUGUGUCGUUAUAUCUGUUAUCUUUA